AUGGCCCUCUCAUCCGCCUUAUCCUCCCCAUGGGGAUUUCUCCGACCCACCAACGACCUACACACCACCGUCGUAGACUCCGCAAAGCACAUCUUGGACACCCUCGCGGGAUCCGUCGUGGACGCCCAAACCACUCGUCGCCAAAUCAACAAAAAGCGCAAGAGAUCAGACGAUGCCGACCAAAUUACCCAAUUACAGUUGAAAAACCUCUACGUGGACGGCUUUACCUCAAAUCAGAUAUGGGAACAGGCAACUCGGAUCCUCGAGUCCACGGGUGAAGAAGUCGAACGGGAUAUCAGCUUGAUCGCUCAGCACAGUGGUUACCUAGACCAGGAUGAAUCUGAACUCGGAGAUCUCUCAGACCCCGAGCUUGCGCAAUCCGAUAGCGACAGCCAAGAGGGUAUGGAAGAGCUCUCUGGGGGUUCAGGCGCUGAAGAGGAGGAAGAAUCUGAGGCAGAAUCUGAUAUGGAGGCCGAGCCCCUGGGUGAGGAAGAUGACGAGGAUAUGGAUGACGAAGAAAUGGAGGACUGGGACGACGACAAGUCCAUGGGCUCCGAAGAAGCGCCUGAGACCUUUGUCGAGGAUAAAUUUGGCCUCAAUGAUGGAUUCUUCUCUAUCGAUGAUUUCAACAAGCAGUCUGAAGCACUGGAACGACAGGACGUCAAGGGAGGACCCGAGGAAGGAGAAGACAGCGACGAAGAGGAACUCGACUGGCACUCAAACCCACUGAUGGCCGGAAGUGCCGCCCCCGUCAACGACAGCAAAGCAUCGAAGAACCGCGCGGUGGCCGAAGACGAACAGAUGGAUGACAGCGAGGAAGAAGGGCCGACAUUCGGCAAUGUCGAUCUCAACGCCGACACGGACUCCGAAAACGAAGAUGCCGAGAACUUUGGCGAGGAAGAAGCUGCGGGCUGGGUCAACACGAGUGAUAUCAAAUACGCCGAUUUCUUCGCCCCUCCGCCCCGCAAGGCCUCGAACAAGAAGUUGCGCGCACUUCCGAAAACUCAACCUGAUGCCACACCAGUCGACGAGGCUGAUGUCACCCGUGCCAUUGAUGACGUUCGACGUGACCUGUUUGAUGACGAGGACGCCUCGGCCGAGGAAGAUGGCGACGAUAUGGACGAAUCUGGUGAUGCUGGCCCCAAAUCCUCACACGAAAAGCAAAGGGCGCGGAUCGCAGAUGAGAUCCGUCGACUGGAGGCGGCCAACGUCGCCAAGAAGGAAUGGAUGGUCGCCGGUGAAGCCAAAGCUGCGCAGAGACCUGUCAACUCGCUCAUCGAAGAAGAUUUGGACUUUGAACGCAUUGGAAAACCCGUUCCCGUCGUCACUAAUGAGACCAGCGAGGACAUUGAGGAGUUGGUCAAACGCCGCAUCCUCGCCAUGGAGUUUGACGAGGUCGUCCGCCGUCGGCCAGGCGCGGAGACCCAGCAAGCUGGAAGGAAGCCUCGCUUCGAGCUGGACGAUACCAAGGCCCAGCAAGGUCUUGCUGAGAUGUAUGAGGCGGAUCACCUCAAGGCCAAUGAUCCCAACUAUGUGGAUACCAAGGACCGCAAGUUGAUGCGGGAGCACGCCGAGAUCAACAGCCUGUGGAACGAUGUGAGCGCUCAAUUGGAUACGCUCUGCAACUGGCACUACAAGCCGAAGAUUGCCCAGGCCAGUAUUAAUGUCGUCACCGAUGCUCCCACCAUCAUGAUGGAAGAGGCACGCCCCACCGCUGGCGGUGCUGCUGGCGGACCCGUGGGACUUGCGCCGCAGGAGAUCUACGCCCCCGGUGACGAUGGCAAGGUCAAGGGCGAAGUGGUCCUCAAGAACGGUGCAUCGAUUGCCAAGGAGGAGAUGUCUCGCGAACAGAAGGCCAAGAACAGACGCCAGAACAAGCAGACUCAAAAGAAGGCCAAUGCCGAGCCCUCUCAACAAAAGACAGGCAAGGCAGCCGAGAAGCAGCAGAUGAUGACCGAUCUGAAGAAGGGAGGAGUCAAGGUCAUUGACAAGGAAGGUCGCGUGACCGAUAUCAAUGGCGAUGCCGUCAAGGCGGGUGGUCAAAACAGGGGAGAUAAUCUGAAACUGUGA